CGAGGAAAACGUUUGGAAACUUUGUGACUACAUCAGGAGUCAGGAUCAAUACCCCUUAGAAGAGUUUUAUGCUGUUUUCAUAUCCAAUGAUAGAAGGAUGAUUCCACUCUGGAAGCAGAAAUCGGGACAUGGAGAUGAGCCUGUUGUCUGGGACUACCAUGUUAUUCUACUUCAUGUUUCCGGCGGGGAGCAGAACUUCAUUUAUGAUCUUGACACAGUGUUGCCAUUUCCGUGUCCUUUUGAGAUGUACAGUGUGGAGGCCUUUAGAUUGGAUGACAGCCUUCGUCCAGAAUUUCACAGGAAAAUCAGAAUGAUUCGAGCAGAUUUGUACUUAAAGACGUUUGCUUCAGACAGAUCUCAUAUGAAAGAUGCAAAUGGGAAAUGGCAGAAACCUCCUCCUUCAUACCCUUGCAUUGAAACUACAG